AUGGACAAAGAGAUCAUCGAACCGACAUCGAAUAGUAGUCAGGGGAGCCGUAGCUCUCACGGGUCACAGCAAGGCGCACAUAACCCGUACAAAAAAGACUUGUACCCGUACUCGCGUCCAGUUGGACAUGAUCGAAACACUCGAGCACCGAAAGUCCCCGUGAAGAAAGAUUCACGUGGGUCGGAAGCGACAUAUCAGAAGGCACUCGGAGCAGUGUCAGCUCAGGAGAGCUCCAGUGAUGAUCUGAAACGAUCUCCCGCGUCUGCGGCGGGAAACAACGAGGUGAACCAGGAGGUCACCAAAGAAGGAACGAGCUCGGAACGAGCUGCAGAGAUGGAUCUGACAUCGCAAAACGACAUAACCGACCAGGAUAAGAAGGAGAACCUGGUUAAAAACGAUCUCACCGAGCAGCUAAAGAUCACAUCAGAUGACCUCAACGAACUUAGGAUAGAUGAUCUCACACUUGGAGAUGAAACAACAACUGAGGACAUCUUCGAGAGUCCAAUGGCAUCUGAUGAGAUGACGUCUAAUCGCGGAAAUGAAGAAUCAUACUUCACUGAAGAUGAGAUGACAUUGAAUAUGUCAUUCAAAACCGCGAUGAAGGAAGCUGAUCGAGCUCAGGGAUUGACACCUUUUGAGGACAUCCCCGAAAGUCUGAUUGAAAGGAAUCAGACGGGAAAGAUCGUCAAUGUACGAUCCCCAUCUCCGAACAGCCCCACUUCCAGCCUGAAACGACGAGUCAGAGAACUUGAGACUUCAUUGGAAGAAAAGGAAGCUCAAGUCAUUAAGAAGAAACAAGAAUAUCAGAAUAAAGUGGGAUCGCUACAGACGCGUAUAUACGAACUGGAACAGCAACAGGCUGUCCUUGAGAAUACGGCGGAAGAGUGGAAAGUUCGAUAUCAACGCCAAGUACAGAUCGCGGAAGAGUCGGUGAAAAUAGCCGAUGAUAGGGAGAUGGAAGGCUACAUAGCUGUGAACGAACUUAACGAGAGCAUGUCCGAAGAGACAGCUGAAAGGUCACGGCACAUAGCCGAAUUGAAGGAUCAGUGCGAUGAACUUCGCAAAAAGGCAGAUGAAGCUGAAGCGAAGCGAGAUGAGUAUGCAAACAAACUAGCGGAAGCGACUAAACGAUUGACAGCGGUGAACAAGGAUAUAUUCAAGCUCAGGGAUGACCUGAAGCUCAAAGAUGAGAAUAUCGAAACUCUCCAAAAAGAAUCGGCAGAUCAUCAGAAACGAGCUGAUGAUGCCGUUAAAGUGGCACAUGAUCUGCGCGAUCUUUUAGCUACCGAAGGACAACGACUAAAAGAUGAGAUCAGGCAGGUCACUGAGGAGAACGCACAGCUCAAAGAAGCUGGCGAGAAGGCGGCCGAAUGGGGCCAAAGAUGGGAAGAUGAAGCACGACGACUAGAUACGAAGGUGACAAAAGUCGAAGUGGAGAGCAAAGAACAUCAGAAAAAGAUCCGUGAGCUAACAGACGAGAACAUAAAGCUCAACACGGAGCUGGUCGAUAUGACGCAAACGGUGAUGACUCACCAAGAUGAAGUCACCCGAUCGAGAACUCAUCUGAAAUCGGCAGCUGAUGCGUAUGCUCAACUGGAACAGCAAAUGAAUCAGCUAAUCGACCAGAAUAAAGCGAGAGAGACAGACGAAAAGGAGUUAAAUGCGGAGACGAUUCAGCGGCAGAAUUUCGCCCAUAUGCUCAAGCAGGAGCGAGAUUAG